AUGCUUCGCAUAGGCAAGAAUAAAGCAAAAGGGAGCCUUUUCAUUAAAAAGUGUUAUUAUACAAAUAAUAGUAAGGGAUGGCUUAGGGAAUACGUAUAUACAAAGUAUCGUAUAAGUUUGCCAAACAUUGAAAACGUAAAAUAUGAUGAUAUAUAUUUAUCAUGUCCUAGUAGGGAUGACUUUUAUGUAUUCACAAAGAAAGUUCCUAUAUUUUUGAGAUAUCUUAAAUUAAUUACAUCUUUAGAAAACCGUACUAACGAUUUUAUUGAUUUUACAAAAAAGUGUGAGAACGGAUUGAAUGUAGAAAAAGAUGUGUAUUUAACAAAGGAGGAAUUAUUAGACAUAAUGUUUAUAAAUGGAUAUAGUACGAAAGAAAUGAAUGCUUUAGAUUUAUCUUUUUGUUCUACAUAUCAAUUUCAUUAUCCAGAAAUAUCUGUAUUAUUUAAUUUAGAUGAAGAGGAUGUAUAUAAAUAUUGUUUAAAAAAAAGAAGUGAGAAUCCUCAAACAUUAGUACAUUUAAAAUAUGAAAAAGAAAAGAAUAUGUUAUCAUCAUACGGUUUCAUAUUUGUAUUUUUAUAUUUCGGAUUAAACAAUCUUGUAUUAUGUAAUGCUUGGUUCUUAUCAAAGACCAUACCAUUUUUUUCGGUAUUUUAUAUGUUAGGUUCGUAUUUUUAUAAAGAUAUACAAAAAUAUAUAAAUAAAGAUAUAAACCUAAUGAUUGAUGAAAAUAAUAAAAAUAAAUUAUUAGCAGAAGAUAUAAUAUAUAAACAAUUAAAAUUAUUUUCAAAAGAUACAGAAUGUACUGAACAAUUAAUAAGCUUUAAACAAUAUUGUAAUGUGUUAAUUAAGAAAUAUACACACAGUUAUAUUAAUUUCCAAAAAAAUAAAAUUGUAGAAACGUUAGAAAAAAAAUUAAAAGAAAUAUAUAAUGAUGAACAGAAUUAUAAAAAUUCUUUACAAAAUAUAUUAAUAGAAGAAAUUAUAAAAAAAAUAUAUGAAAAAAUAAAAACAGAUAAAACAUUUGCAGAUUCUAUUUUAAAUGAUGGUAUUAAUAAUAUACAAAAUAUAAAUCAAAAUGAUACAUUGAUAAAUUAUGUAAAAUCAGAAUUACAAAAUAUACAGAAAAUGGAUCAAAAAAAUUCAAUUGUUACAAAGGUUUUAGAACAGUAUGAACUGAAAAAACAACAAUAUCUAGCAAAAUAUAUUAUACAUACACACGAAUUAAAUCAAAUUAAAAAUAUUAUUAAUAAAUCUAAACUUAAUAUAAAUAAUCUAAAUCAUAUUGAAUAUAAUGAACUCUUACAAUUAUUCAAUACCAUUAAUAAUAGAUUUGGAUUCUAUGUAAAUGAUGAUUCUAUAUCAAAUAUAACAUCAUCAGAUUCUGAAUCCAAAUCUUUUACUCAACAAAUAAAUAAAUUUAUAAUAGAUACAAAUAAAUCCUUUCAACAUAAAAAACUCGUUGCCUUCUUAAGGGAGUUCCAACAUAUAUAA